AAAUCCCGUAUCAUGGUCAUCAUCAGUAAUGUUUUUACUUUCUGAAGAAAAUACAGCCGAUGAAUGCUUCCUAAGCACAUACCAUCUCAAGCGGUAUAUAAAGUCAAGCGGAGUUGGAUGGUCAUUUGUUUUACCCAGUGCUCGAAUAUAUGAAAAGAAGUUUUCAAUAGCAUCUUGACAUAAUCGGUUGGUGAGGAUAUAUUCAGUACCACAUUUUUCACGUAAAUGAACGAGUAGCUCAUGCACAGAUUUAUUAUUCACCAAAAUUCCGUGUUGAAAUGGCAACAGCUUAGUAUGUUUUCCUACUCUUAUAUUUUUAAUUAUGUCGUUCAUGUUAAAGAUUAUUUUGUUUUGUUUUUCCAAGUCAAUUGCCAAUAUGCAUGGCAUUUUGAAUCAAAUUUAUGUUGCACAUUAAAAACAUCGAACCAAUUAUUAAAUAAAUCAAUUAUAUCUGCACAACAUUCCCACUCCAUUUCUUUCAUAUGUUGCCUUUCCCCACACCACCCAAUGGCAGAAGCAACAGUGUCUGAGAAACACUAUGCUGCCGGUUUCACUUUUUGGCGUUGAGUGCCUGCAACUAGCAAAUGUUAAGUUAACUUUGGAACCAGUUUAAAUUCUCCUUCGUGUAGAUCUAAGAUUCUUUGAAGGCAACUCUUAUUAAUUGUUUUAUUAAAUAUAGAAAAGCCACUAUCCAAAAAAUGGUUUCUGCUUAACUUUAGCAAAUGUGGAACAUCUGCAAAGAAAUAGAUAUUCCAUGAGAUUUUGCUUGGGUGCUGAAUGUAGUUGUUGAAAUUUGAGUCAUGACAUCCUAUUUUAAGGUCCCUCCAUAAAGCUUGAUUGGAUGGACCUAAAUCACAGCACACUGCUACAACAGUGUAGUUAACUGAUUUUGUAAUUAAAUUAAAAAGAGUCUCUCAAAAUCAAAGUAAACAACUUGCUUCCAACUUGCAAAAAGUCCGCGAAUCAUGACCACCUGAACGGUUUUAUGUGGACCAAUUAUUAGCUCAUUUCGUUUAUCAAAGCAAACUUUCCCCAUCAAAUACAUCUAAUCAAAUAUUACAACACAUAUUCUGUCAUUCACACUGAGUUCUUUGCCUUAUGUUUUAAUAUACAUAGUCCAUAUUUAUAAAAGUGAAGCAUUUGCUUUAAAGUAAAAGGUAGAAGUAAAAGGUAGCGCUCGGAAGUAAAAGAUAGAAGUAAAAGGUUUUGCUUCAUUUCGUAUUUAUAAGCUGUGCCUUUUCCUACCAAGCAAAUCCUUCCAAAUAAUAGAAGCAAAAGGUAGACUGAGAGUCGUAUUUCGUUAACAAAGUAAAUAAAGUCUAAUUAUAGGCGUUUUCAAUUCGUUACAACCGGUUACAACUUGCGAAUUGUGCAUGUGCUGCAGUUUUGAAAAAGCAAUUUUAGUGUGUUUAAAUUUAUUCAUAGUUCAGACAACCGUUUCAUCGAAUAUACGUGUAUGCAAAAUGUCAGAUUCUGAUGCAGUGGAUAUCCCCGACGAGAGCCAAAAUAAUGAUGAAAUGCACUUUAUUGCCGAAAAGGUGAAGAUGUACCCAGAGAUUUUAGAAAAAUCACAAGUUCCCACAAUGAAGUUGAAGAAGAAACGAGCUUUAGAAGGAAUUAUACAGGACUAUAAGGCGAUGUUCGGCAAAGCGAUUACUGAAAAAGAUUUCAUGAAGAAGGUAAACAACAUGAAGACCAGAUUGAAGAAAAAAACUGACAGGAACCAAACGGGCAAUAGACCGAUACGCUUACUUCCGUGGGAAAAUAUUAUGCUCGAGACCAUGCAGGGAGAUAAAAAUCCGGUCGUCAGUCGUAUUUCAGGUGAUCUUCAAAUUGGAGUUACGCCACAAUCUGUGAAUACCUCCCAACCAGGUUCGUCUGUUGUACCAUCGCCACCCUUAGAUGUAGUGGAAAGCAAAAGUCGGUCGAUUACACCUAAGCUACUAGAUGUGCGGAAACGAGUUGCUGAAGCAGCACCCAUACGACACAAAGAAAGUGGCGGCCAAAGGUAG